GCUUCACACAAUGGACGCCAGGACGGCGAUGAGAAGACGAGACGACGACGACGACGACGACGAAGAAGAGUUCAACUCCGCCAGGAAGCAGCCACGCAAAAGAUUUCGCUUUCGGCCACGUCUCCAUUUGUGUUUCGCCGACCCCGAUUCUAGUUGGCGAACCGGAAGCGCCCCGCGCGGUAGCGCCACCGCUGAUCUCCACCGCCGAUUCCUGAUUCGUCCAGACAACGGAUGGUACAUCUUGUGGAAGUAUUUCAUUCUGUUAUGGGCGGUGUACUCUUCCUUCUUCACUCCUCUAGAGUUCGGGUUCUUCAGAGGAUUGCCGGAGGAAGUCUUCUUGCUCGACAUCGCCGGCCAGUUUGCUUUCCUUGUUGACAUCGCCAUCCGAUUCUUCGUCGCCUAUCGUGACAUCCAUUCCUAUUGCAUGGUCUACGAUCACACUCAAAUUGCCACGAGGUACCUGAAGUCUCGGUUCACAGUUGAUAUUCUUAGCUGUCUUCCGUGGGAUUAUAUUUACAAGGCAACUGGGAGGAAAGAAGCCGUCAGGUAUUUUUUAUGGAUUAGGCUAAGUCGAGCAUGUAGAGUGACAGAGUUUUUUGAGAGGCUGGAGAAAGAUAUUAGGAUCAAUUACCUCUUUACUAGGAUCGCGAAACUUCUUGUUGUAGAACUAUAUUGCACCCACACAGCUGCCUGUAUCUUCUACUAUCUUGCUACCACUUUGCCUCCAUCAAACGAAGGUUAUACAUGGAUAGGCAGCUUAAAGAUGGGUGAUUAUAGCUAUACAGACUUUAGACAUAUCAAUCUUUGGAAGCGUUAUGUGACAUCGCUCUACUUUGCAAUUGUUACGAUGGCAACUGUUGGCUAUGGAGACAUUCAUGCGGUCAAUGUCAGGGAGAUGAUAUUUGUCAUGAUAUAUGUCUCCUUUGAUAUGAUUCUUGGUGCUUACCUUCUUGGUAAUAUGACAGCACUGAUUGUGAAAGGAUCAAAAACAGAGAGGUUUAGGGAUAAAAUGGCUGAUAUUAUCAAGUACAUGAAUAAAAACAAUUUGGACAAGCAGAUAACUAAAGCGAUAAAAGGCCAUUUACGCUUACAGUAUGAUCGCAGUUACACUGAGGCAGCUGUGCUUCAGGAUAUUCCAGCCUCUAUUCGUGCAAAGAUUUCAGUGAAUUUGUAUGAGAAAUUUAUACAAGAAGUUUCUCUUUUCAAGGGAUGCUCUUUGGGGUUCAUUAAGCAAAUUGCAAUCAGAGUACAUGAAGAGUUUUUCCUUCCAGGAGAAGUGAUUAUGGAGCAAGGAAAUCUAGCCAAUCAACUUUACCUUGUAUGCGAUGGUGAGCUGGUUGAGAUGAGGAGAGAAGAUGUUGAUAAAGAAGUGUUCAUAAGGCAUUUGCAAGACCACUGUUUCUUUGGCGAGGUUUCUUUUCUUUGUGAUAUACCUCAACCUUCAACAGUACGAGCAUGUGAAUUUUGCAAGGUUUUGCGACUUGAUAAGCAUUCCUUUAUGGAAACACUGAAGGUGUAUUUUGCAGAUGGUCGAGCUAUCAUGAACAAUCUCCUCGAGGGAAAAGAUUCCAGUAUUCAGCAGAAGCUCCUGCAAUCAAACUUCUCCUUGAUUCUUGAAAAUCAUGAAAAAGAGAUGGUUAUGAGAAUGAAUUGUGCUGCAUACGAAGGGGACAUUCACUUUUUGAAACGUUUGAUUGAAUCAGGAGCAGAUCCCAACAAGACUGAUUAUGAUGGUAGAUCACCCUUGCUUAUUUCUGCAUCAAAAGGAUAUGUAGAAAUCGUUCAUUUUCUUAUUGCACAUGGAGUGAUUAUCAACUUCUCUGAUAAAUUUGGAAGUUCCCCCUUGUUUGAAGCCAUCAAGAAUGGACAUGAAGAAGCAUCUUCUUUACUUGUGGAUGCGGGGGCUACUCUUACCAUGGAUCAUGCUGGGAACUUUCUUUGCAUGACUGUUGCAAACAAGGAGUUGAGCCUUCUAAGGCGGGUCUUGGAUUACGGUAUAAAUCCAAAUGCCAGGAAUUAUGAUCAGCGUACACCUCUUCACAUAGCCGCCUCUGAAGGUUUGUGUAAAAUGGCUGAGUUGCUUCUAGAAGCAGGAGCAAGUGUUUUAUCAAAGGACAGAUGGGGAAAUACGCCGCUUGAUGAAGCUCAUAUGGGUGGAAAUAGGAACAUGAUCAAAAUGCUCCAAGUUGCAAAAAUUUCUCAGUUGACCGAAUUAUCCCACAGUAUACAAGAAUCUCGAGCAAAAGUGCUAUUACCUUCAACAGAUGAAAUUCCAAGAAAGAAAUGCACUGUGUUUCCUUUCCAUCCAUGGGAUCACAAAGAGGAAAGAAGACAGGGAGUUGUCUUAUGGGUUCCAAAAAGCAUUGAAGAACUUGUGCAGGUGGCAAUGAAACAUCUGAACUCUUCAAGUGGUUCCUGUAUUUUAUCAGAACAUGGGGGUAAAAUUCUUGACGUCGACUUGAUUGGCAAUGAUGAUAAGCUAUUUCUGGUGAGGGAAGAACAAGCAGAGAGUUCAUAAAUUUAUCGAGAAGUUUGAGUCACCCAAGGCACCACCAGGCACAGCAGAAGGGAAUAUGCAGUUAAAACUAGCUUCUUCCAAUCUGCUUUUCCCUCCCUCUGGCAGAGAAUGAAAAAUCAUGGAGAAAAAACAGAGGUGGGAAGGAAGAAUAUUGCCUAAGGCCUCAACAUUUUGAUUUAUUUGCAUUAGGUGCCUUUUAGAGCAGAAGAUAUUUGGUGGAAAUGAUGUAUGUUAUGAACUGCAAUUGUUAUUGAAAGUAAAAAGUUUAUCAUGUGAAAUGAACCUCCCCCAACAAAAGGUGUAGGAUCUCGACAGAUCUUGAGGCUUAUUUUACUGUUUCAAUUCAGCAUUGAUGUACUCACUGUUCUGAAAACCCAAAUUGGGUUAACUGUGUUGAUAUUAACUAUGUAUUUAAUUUCAUGUUGAAAAUCAUUAAAACCAUAGUUUAGUUAAACAUUAUA